AUGGAUGACGCCUCAAUGGCACCUCGAGGUCCGCCACACCCGCCACGCAUAGUCCAGCAGCGGAUCUAUACCGCACCUCAUCCCAACGAGCCACCGCCUGCAUAUGAUCCGCCUUCAUACGAAGAAGCAACCCGAUCUUCGUCUGCACCCUUGCUUGUAGGACCCAACCUAGGCUACGGAACAUACCAGGCGUACGAAGACCUCGAGGCCAACUCGGUUGCGAGCAGCAAUAUCGAAGAGAGUACAAGAAGCCUUCCGGAAUGGGUGGGACAAGCACUCGUAGUCAUUGUGUUCCUGGCCAUCAUAUACAUGUUUUGGGAAUUCGUCCACGAUGCCGAUCUCGACAACUACCCCUGA